GAUCUGGGUUCUCCGGCUUCUGAUCGUCUUCUCCGGCAUCUCGUUUUUUUGUGCUCGAAAGCCUUGGGCUUCCGAGUUUUGCUGCUCAAGCCCGAUGGACCCGGCCUGUUCCCUGCUGCGAUGACCCCAUGAGGUCUCGCGGCUCCUUGCUCCCUCACGCAAAUCUACCGAGCUACACGCUGGAAUUCCCAGAUCUGUUGGCCGUCACCCAGAUCUGGUCUUCGCCUGUUCAUCUUGGUUUUUCGCGAAACCCAGACGGGUUCCAUGAGGAACCCAACCCAGUGUUGGGUGGCGGAACCUAACCCGAUGCUAGGUUUCUUGAGGAACUCAGUUUUGGGUUCCUGGGUUUCGUGAGGAACCCAGAUCUAUGUUUCGUGAAGAACCCAGUUCUGAGUUCUUGGGUUCCUUGAAGAACGUAGGUUCUAGGUUUCGCUCUGUUUUUCUUGCUUUGUUUCUUUGGCUUCUUGCUUUGUUUGGUUGCUCUGUUUUUCUUGCUCUAUUUCUUUGGUUUCGAAUCGAGCCUGAAAAGGGAAAUGACAGAGAAACGAAGACGAAGAACACUGCCACUGUUGGGGAACUCAACUAAAACUGGAAAAAGAAAACAAUUUGUUUUUU